UUUCUCCCCCGACGGUUUCUCCAUCAUGUCUCGCCCAUCUGUUGAGUCAUGCCCUUCUGUAAAGAACAUCCUUCUUCUGGAUUCUGAUGGGAAACGUGUGGCGGUCAAAUAUUUCUCCGAUGACUGGCCGACGAAUAGUGCAAAGGAGACUUUUGAGAAAGUUGUAUUCAACAAGACUCAGAAGACCAAUGCCCGCACAGAAGCGGAGAUAGCAAUGUUUGAGAGUAACAUUGUUGUUUACAAGUUUGUCCAAGAUCUUCACUUCUUUGUUACCGGGGGUGACAAUGAAAACGAGCUUAUCUUAUCCACAGUUCUGCAGGCAUUUUUUGAUUCUGUGGGUCUCCUGCUCAGAGGCAAUGUGGACAAGAAGGAAGCACUGGAGAACUUGGAUCUCAUUCUCUUGUGCAUUGAUGAAAUUAUUGAUGGCGGUAUUGUUCUUGAAACAGAUCCAAAUGUUAUAGCUGGGAAAGUUGCAAGUAAUAGUAUAGAUUCUGGAGCUCCUUUGUCUGAACAGACAUUAAGUCAAGCAUUGGCCACAGCCAGAGAACAUCUUGCAAGAUCUCUUCUUAAAUGAUCCAUAUGGCAUUGGGCAAUGGAGGAAACUUAUCUUUUGGCGUUUUCUAGAAACGUUUAAGAAUCUCCCUGCAUAUUGCAUUCUGGAACCUGUAUAAUGAUGUUACUUGCGCUGUGAUUAUUAUUUUUUACAUGCGAAUAUAGUUUUUUUUUGUUUUUUUUUUUUUUUGCACUCUUUUUCUUGUGACAUUUUUUUCAUUUAAUUACCCACUAUAUUUAAAGAUCAU